AGCAACACAACAACAGUAAUGCAAGUGAAAAUCGUUGAUUCUAAAAUUGAAAAUUAAAUUUUGAAAAAAAGUGCGUGUGAAAUGCAAAUAGUGCAGAGUUUUCGAAAACAUUCCAACAACUAGAAUUUUGGCGUAUAAAAUUGAAGGACGAAGCUGCCUUGCACGCAGAAAAAUACCAAAAAAAUUUCAAAAACAAAAAUUCUAAAAGCAACAAUAAAUAGUACCUUAAAAAAGAACAACAACUAACACAAAGAAAUUUGUAAAAUAUUAAAGCGCUGGCUGAGCUUACAAAGCAUUGAACAGGAACUUCACCGUUAAUGCACCGAAAUUGCUUAUUUCAACAAACGCUGAAAGAAAACCCAACAGAAAACAUUGUUUCAAUAUAAGCAACAACAACAAAACGUCAAAAGCAAAAGCCAGCACAAGAAACUGCAAAGGCAGCAAAAACUAUUUGAAAAGAACCCGAGCAGCUGUUUCCACACUGAAAGCUUCGCAUUUUCAAAUUUAAAGCAUACGCGCGCUUACGAAAAUAGCAAAAAAAUAUCAGAAACCACAACCCGCUAAACCGUAAUAACAGUGCAGUUUAACAGCGACCUAGACGCAAGCGCCAACCAAGCAUUUUGUGUAGGUUGUAACUGAACGAAAUUUUGCAUCGCGUCGCCAGUGCCAGCGCCACUGCUGGAAGAUGGAAGCCACCCCGAAGGUGCAUCGUCAUCGUCACCGACGUUCGGAUUCGCGUCAUCAUCGGCACGAGCGUCAGAGCCAAAAUAGCAGCAGCGACAGUAAUAAUAGUAAUAACAGCAACAAUGCCAAUGGCGGCAGCGGCAGCGGCACUCGUAGCGGACAACAGCCGAGACAGAGCAAUAAUAUUGCAACAACAACAACGGCGACGACGAUAGUGCCAACACCAACACAAGCAGCGGAUACGUUAACUAACACAACGACAAGCGCGACAGUCGCGUCGAGGACGAGGACGCAGCACGACGCACCAGCAGAGCAGCUGCAACAGUCGCCAACACAACAGCAAACGCAUUCAAACGCUAUUCAAUCGCCAGUGCGUGAGCGUCGUGGUCAAGCGCGGUCUAAUCGCGUACAAACCGGUGCACAGGACUUAGCCGCUAACGCCACCGCUACCACCGCUGCUCGACGAACUUCAAUCACAAGCAUUGAGAUACCAACCGCACUGGUUGUUGAGGACGGCAACGAGGAUGGCACGUACGACGAGACAACAGCUAUCUGCGCCAAUGUGAUUGUCAGCACAGUGCAUGAACGACGUUCACACUCCAUGGACACGCUGGAUCCGUUGGGCCAGACAACCUCUUUAAGUCAGUCGACCACAUCACAACAAACUGUGCUGCUGGUGAAUGGACAUUCACCGCCGCCGCAAGAGGACGAAGAGCAGGCGCCCGCUGCAAACGGUGAAAACGCUGUGGACGUUGGCGGUGUGGCGUCGAAAGAAGAGGGUGCCACGCAACUGGAGUCACCCACAGCACCGAAUCCUAAUGGCGGCGGUGCGGGCAGCAGUCGUAACUCUUCUGGUGAUGCGUUGAGUUUACGUGAAACGCUGCAACAGCUACCGCCUACGGUGACACACGGACACCGCCAUCGGCGCACACAUUCACCACAAUCGCCGGCGCGGCGCACACAAGAGGUGGAUGCUUCGUUUCAUCGCGGUAUAUUGGGCUUCAUGGAUCGUGAGUUGAAGCACAGUUCGCCAACGCCAUCGGCACUGAGUGUGGGUAGUGGUAGUGCAGCAAGCGGCGGUGGUGGUGGUGGUGGUGCUGGUAGUAGCGGUACAGUACGUAAGUUGCAGUCGCUGUCCGAUCCACAGGCGAGUCCCGCCCAACGUUCGGUACGUUCGCGCAGUAGUCUGGAGAAGAGUCCGCGUCGUAAGCGUAGCAAAUCGGAAUCACGUAGGCGGCGUGAACGCAAACUCAUCGCCGCUGGUGAGCUGGAAGUACGACAGGCGAACGAGACUUUGAUGCGCUAUUUGAAGCAAUGUUCGGAAAUGAAUGACGCUUCGUUGUCAGGCGAGUUGGAAAUCGAUCAGAACUAUGAUGAGCGGAGAGUGCAUCGGAAGACGAAAUCGCAACGUGAUAAGCGUGGGCAUCUUAUAAGCAAACUUUACUCAGCUGGUGGUCUCACCUCCAUAUUACGUGAGCUUUCCGAUGACAUUGUACCCGCGGAGGGUGAGGAAAUCUACAAUCCAUUCACACCGGUUGUCUCCCCCACCGAGGAUACGCCCGCACACAUUGACAAAAUGUUCCUGCAGACGUCAUCGGGAUAUCGACCAGUUGAGCACUGCUAUUAUAAACAUUCGUUUGUGGGUGUGGGCGGUGUGGGCGGCGGUAGCGCUGCUGCCAGCGGUAGUGGUGGCCCAGGUGGUGGCGGUGGCAUGCAUCGUUUGUCUGCCGCGGGCGGCAGCUUGGCUGGCGGUUUGGAGCAGGCGGGCAUGUUGCGGGCGAGUAGCAGUUUCGGCGAUACGCGUUGCCUACUCGAUGCCGAGUGUGGCAGGCAUCGUCGUGAGAUCACGUCGAACAUACAAUUGGCCUGCGUCAUUCAACGAAUUUGGUUACUCAUCUCGAAUAUCUGCCAUGGUUUGCUAGCCGGCCUAGCUUUGGCACAUUUGUUGUUCGUGUUGAGCAGCCAUCCCGUCGAUUGGUCGCGUUUACUCAGUCUUGCGGGCGAGACUGUGACCCAAGCGACACAGGAGGCGGACGCAACAACCGCAUCACCAACAGUCGAGUCAGCCAUGCUGGAUGCUGAUGGCGGUGGUGGUGUUGAUAAAUCUAUGUUAACUGAAACGCAGCAACAUUUCAGCUUCGUGAGAGAUUAUGCAACAUUCGCUGAGAUCUAUCUGAAUACAUUCUAUUGUUUGGCAAUUGUAUGCAUGGUUUCGGUUUUUGAUCGUAUGGACAUUUGCCGUUGGGACUUCAGCAAUGCCAGCGAGUUCAUUUCAUUUCGUUGGCUCAUUAUUGCAAUGAUUUAUAUAGCGACAAUAAUAUUAACGAUAUGCUCCGAUUCGAUUGAUGAACGACUCUAUUACAAUAACAAUGCGAAUGUGACGCUAACACAGGAAGAAUUGUAUAGCAACAGCGUAUUAAGUGUCUGGAGUAGUUUAUCGGUGACGCGCAGCAUUGGCGCCAUCUGUGGCUGGAUAAUGAUCGGUUUGACGCCGCAUGAGGAUCUUUUCUACGAGCAUUUGCUGGAUCUAACCAAAUACCAAGUGAUAAAUAAUUGAAUGUAAGCAAGGCGUGUGUGAGGGAAGGUGGGUGAAAAGCGAAUGUGUUUAAGGAGAAACUCAUCAAUAAAAAUAUAAAAGAAAAAACAGUUACUUAGAUAAAUAUUAAAUUGUACAGUUAGGUUAAAACAGCAGUAGAACUACUUAUGCAAAAUAUAUACAUAUAUAUCAAAAGCAAAAACAGCUACAUUACUAAAAAAUAGCAAAUGAAAUGUGGCAAGGUUUUCGUGAAGAAAGCAAAUAACUAAGCGUAUGCAAGAGUGAGUUAAAUUGUGAAAAAAUAUAAGUAGUUACAUAAAAUAUCUAAAUUGUAAAAAAGCUUUGUUUUUGCGGCAAACAAAAACGGUU